AGCUGUUGGGCUCAAGAUUGCUAGCCGCUAGCCCGCCAAAGUGGCCGGAGCCUUGGAGCCCAUAGCCGGGCACUCAUCCAUGCCGCGGACCUCGGGAGCACGCUUGGGCGCGGCGCUGGCAGUGGCAUGUGGGGUGGCAUGUUCAACGACGUUCAUAGGUGCCUGGAGGCGAAUGCCUGCAGUGCACAAGGUGGAGAGAUGGGCCGAAUCUGAUACUGAGCUGAUGGUGCCACCAAUGACAGAGGCGCCGAUUUUCCUCACACCUGUGGAUGUGGUCACGGGUGAGCUAGACGUCUCCUCCCUUCCAGAGGAAAUGGGUGUUUACGCCGUUUAUGAUGGAGAUGAAAGGCUACAGUACAUUGGCUUAUCGAGGAACAUGCAAAAAAGCGUAGCAACCCACGCUAAAGCCAUUGGAAUCAAGGAGGUUGGGGACCUCAUAGGCUCUGUGAGAUGCGCAGAGAUGCCAGAUGGUAGCAAGGAAGAGUUGAAGAGCACCUGGGAAGUCUGGCUGAAGGACCAUUUGGGCAAUGGCGGCGAGAUCCCUGUAGGGAAUCUACCGGAAAAUGCUCCUGGUGCUGACCCUCGGUGGAGAAGCAAAGGUGCCCAGGCAAAACCAUCCCUGAACCUCGGGGGCGUUGCAGGAACCAACCUGCCAAGUCCUCCUGCCUGUCUUCCACAACAAGUCAGCCAGCCCCAUGUUUCUUUGCACCAAGGCAUUGCCUCACAAGCAGAGGCGAUGGAUGCUGUGAGGCAGGCAGUGGAGGAGAAUCCGAUCGUUCUGUUUAUGAAAGGCACCCCCGCUAUGCCCCAGUGCGGUUUUAGCGCGCGAACCUCUGGCCUGCUGCGAGAGAUAGGCGUGCCCUUCGAGACUGUGAAUGUUUUGGAUGAGGCAAACAACCCUGGCGUGCGGGAGGCCGUGAAAGAGUUCGGCCAGUGGCCCACGAUCCCACAGCUCUACGUUGCAGGGCAGCUGGUCGGAGGCGCGGACAUUGUCAUGGAGAUGUACCAGCAGGGUGAGUUGGAGCAGAUGCUGGUCAUGGCCAAUGAGGGCGCUGGAGCAACAGGGGACGCGAAGGGCAAGUCUUCCUCUUCGGCAGAAUAUGCUACAGGCAACGUCAAACUCAUCGACGACCCAAACAGGCCAACGGCCACUGAUCUUUGCAGAGCCCUAGACAAGAGCUUCGCCCUUGUGGACUUGAAGGUAGUGGACGAAUCAGCUGCUCACGAGGGCGACGCUGGAGCAUUGGAGAUGGGCUUAACCAGCGAAUCUCACUUCAGCGUCACCAUCGUCUCGCCUGACUUUGCUUCUUUGACCCGGGUGCAGAGACAGCAGAAAGUCUACGAGGCGUUGGGGGGCGUGAUGCCUCGCAUCCACGCGCUGUCGCUCGUGACUCGCACGCCUGAAGAAACUGAUGAUGACGGGCAGUAGUCUGGCCGGGGCGAAGCCCAGUGCCUGUGGAACUUGAUCUGCUCACGGCUCACAGAAUUGAAGCCUGUUGGACAUUGAAAUUGUUUCUGGGCAGCUUGAUCAACGUUCCGCUUCAAGACCCAAUUCUGGCUUGAAAAGAUUUGUCGCAGGCGUUAUUUUAGGAUGAGGUGAUUUUCUUCAGCAUUGAGCUGUCGGCCCUUUUCCUGGAUAGGAAGCGCCAACACCAGAGCACAAAUGUCAGAGAUCUGAAGGGUCUACUACCCCAACCCAAACAGGAUUGCAAGC